AUGGGGGCCUGGCUGGCGGCACUUCAGAAGGAGCAAAGUGGACUAGAUCAGUGCGCUGGGGCAAACGGAGGGGCAGCAGAGGAAGCGGAAGAGGAAGGGGAAGAGGAAGAGGAAGAGGAGGAGGAUUAUGCUUUGAGAGUAGCACGCUUGUCACGGUCCCUUCAUGAGUUGGAAGAGCAGGGGAAGAGUAUGGAUGCCUGGCUGCGGACUCUUGAGAAGGAGCAACGUGGACUUGGUCAGUGCACUGGGGCAAACGGAGCGGCAGGAGAGCAAGUGAUAGAGGAAGAGGAAGAGGAAGAGGAGGAAGAGGAAGAGGAAGAGGAGGAGGAGGAGGAGGAGGAGGAGGAGGAGGAGGAGGAGGAGGAGGAGGAGGAGGAGGAGGAGGAAGAGGAGGAGGAAGAGGCGGAGGAGGAGGAGGAGGAGGAAGAGGAAGAGGCGGAGGGGGAGGAGGAGGAGUAUGCUAUGAAAGCAACACGCUUGUCACGGCCUCUUGAGAAGAUGGAAGAGCAGGUGACGACGAAUGCGACACUGAAGUUGAGACCCUGCUUUGGAGUGCGGAUCCACCAGGGUGAGCCUGAUCAUCCCGAUGUGACAUUCGGAGCGGCAGCAGAGAAAGCAAGAGCUGAGGAAAGCCCGAAGCCGCGUCAGCUGCUGUCGCGGGCGGACAUGGUUCACUACUUGGACGUGACGGGUGGGGGAAAUGCGGUGUUUGAGACGUCUCAAAAGGAAAGCCCGAAGCCGCUUCAGCUGCUGUCUCGGGCGGACAUGGUUCACUACUUGGAUGUAAUGGCAAUUUUGGCCGAGCUAGGGGCGGGCAGGCAGGGGGAAGACGAUUGCUUUGCGUCCAUGCUGGUACAGGUGCUUGGGGUGAAGGAGAGCACUGACCUGCAGGAAGGGUUUGGGUUUUUUGUGCAGCAUGUGCUGUCAGGCGGGCUGGAGAAGGUGCAUGGAGAGGGGAGGGAGGGAGUCAAGAAGAGGGCUGCGGAGGAGGCGCAUGCAGAGGGGAAGGGGGGAUGUGAGGGUGUGGGGGAAGGCAGUGCGGAGCAGACGGGGAGACAUGGGGGGCUGGAGAGGGUUGUUGGUGGGGGCAGAUGGGCAGAGAAAAGGCCUAUAGGGGGAUUGGUGGAUGCGUCAGAUGGGAAGGGCGAUGAGGGGUGCGGAGAGGAGGUGGCAGAGAGCAAGGCAGAGGUCGAAGGGGUUGCUAGUAAGUUUGGUGCCAUUCCCAAGCCUCUGGAGGGAAGCAGCGUUCCGUUGGAGUGGGAGGAGUGGCCUCGGGGCGAUGAACCUGCUGUGAAGUUUCCUGCCAACCCGAAAGAGCGAUGUUUUGGGCUUGGGAUUGUGGCGGAGCGCGGUGGAGCAGCAGAGAAGCUCACCCCACCUCCUCCUCCUCAGCACACAUCUGAAGCAGGAAAGAACCGCAGGAGUGCAAGGGGAAAGGGUUGUAAGGCAGCGAGGCAGGGAUCCGGUGUGGAAGGUGUGGAAGCAGAACAGAGCAAGGCGUGUGGGAAUGCCGAAGCACCUGGAAACGCCGAGCACAGAGUCACACUACCGCCCGCCAGAGAGAAGCUUCCUAUCGUGCGCUGCCAGGCAGACAUAGACUUGCUGUUGGGGCUAGCCGGGUACGUAAUGGACCCUCCUGCAUGCACCCACUGCACCCGCUGUUCCACAGACUUCAUGGCAUUCGCGUGCACCGUUGCUGUCAUCGCCAACUUUGCAUACCGCCCUGUCAGUCACCUCUUCUCCCGGGUGCUUUCGACGUUCCCACCGUCCUCCCCUGGGUUUGUUAAGCUGGUAGAGUGCUUGGACCUCCCUGCUCGCCUGCCCAGGUCUGUGACCGUGCGUGUGCUGCUGGAGCGUGCUGAGCAGGUGCCUUUAUAUUUUCUCAUUCACAUAGCUGUGUGGUGCGCUCAUGCUCUUAUGAAAAACGAUUUGGUCGAGCGGGAAUGCAGUGGAAAAGGGAAUGGGGGGACAGGUGGGAGGUUGAAGGUAGAAAGCCGCUGGGAUGGUGAGGAGGGCCAGGAGAACGGUGGAGAGGUGUGGGAGGAGGUGGUGAUGUGGUAUUCCUCGGUGAUGGUUGCGUGGAGGUUCAACGUGGGGGGGGAGGGAGAGAGCGAGGAGUGCAGAGGCAGCAGAAAGCUGAAGAGGCCAGCAAGGGGGUGGGACAUUACAUGGAUUCUUGAGGCAGCGAUCGUCCCGAGGUACUGUGAGGGGUUGGAAGGGCAGCGUGGGACUCUAACGGAGAGUAGCACUGGCAGCAGCAGCAGCAGCAGCAGCAGCAGCAGCAGCAGCAGCAGCAGCAGCAGCAGCAGCAGCAGCAGCAGCAGCAGCAGCAACUGUGAUUGGGUGGGUAGCAGCAGCAGCAGCAGAAGUGAGAAGAAAGGCAAGAAGGGGGAGGAGCCGGCGUAUCUGAAGGCAUGGCCGGGGGGGGUCAACCUGGUGGCAUGUCUACGAGAGAUGCUGCUGGGAGAGCCCUGCUACCGCCCUGUCCCCCCUGCUUCUCCUCCUGGUGCCACGUCCACCCGUGCUGCUCCUUCCACCCAUCCUGCUGCUGCGAUGUCUUCUCGUCUUGCUGCCUCUCCCACCCCCACUUCAUCGAACAUCUGUGUUGCUGCUGCUGGUGCUACUGCUUCCGAUGUCCAAGGCCGUGUGUGCGGUGCUGCAGGGUGUGGCAGGGUGCAGGGUGGUGGUAGUGUGAAGCUGAGGAGUUGCGGUGGGUGUGGCAAGGUGAGGUAUUGCAGCAGAGGCUGCCAAAAGGCGCACUGGCCGUCCCACAAGCUCACAUGCCCCGGCAGGACCAGCGGGAGGAGGCGAGGGAAGGAUGGGAACACAGAUGGCUGCGAGAAAAUCGGCAAGGAGAGUGGUUGUGAGGGUAGUGGCGACAGCAAUGGUACGGAAAGUGGGGUGAAUAGUGGGCGGAUUAUUGAGGAGGUGAGUUGCAUGGGCAGGUGCAAGGACAGGUUCGAAAGCAUCGACGAGGAGAGUGGUUGUGAGGGGAGUGGCGACAGUGGUGGUGGAGAGAUGAUUGGCGAGGUCAGUUGCAUGGGCAGGUGCAAGGACAGGCUUGGAAGCAUCGUCGGGGAGAGUUGGAUGAGGGAUGGCGAAGUUGCGGGAAGGAAAGAAGAGUAA